AUGAAAGGCGAACGAGCGUUCCGAGCAAUUGGUUUGAUAACUAUUGAGAACAGGAUAAGUUUCUUUAAAAUACCUGAGGUGGGCUUUGGACUUGGACUUGCAGUAAGUGUGGAAAACAAGAACAAAUUUCAAGCAAUUCUACGCGCUAAAGUAGAUGUUAUUGGUAUAAAAGGUCAGGCUGAUUUAAUCAUAGCAAACACUGGCAUUUACUUUGUUAUAGAAGGUAACGUGUGGGAUAUAUUCAAGGCUAAUAUUGAUGUUUCUGCUGAAGAUUUACCAGAAAAUGACAGCUGGCAAAGUUUAGUCUUUACUUUGGAAGGAAAUUUUCUCGCUGACGCUGAUGGUGACGGGGAUUUUACCGACAGCUACAUAGCCGCGCUGAGACGAUUCACAAAAAUGAUUGCUGAUGACGCCGAGAAACGAAUAAAUAAGGUGAAGAGUUACAUAACGAAUGCUCAAGAUGCAUUGACAUCUGCUCAGAAUUGGUUAGAAGAGAAAAAGGCGGCUUUACGUGCAUCAAAUAUCAUCUUUGACAAAGCAGUCAAUGGGCUUGACAAAUCAAAAGACAAAUUAGAAGAAGCAAAAAAACCUUUUAAAAAUGCAAUUGAUGUCCUCGAAGAGGCUCAACGAAAAGUUGAUAGGCUUUGUAAAUUGAGAAAUUGUCGGAAAAUUUGCAUUCCUGGAAUAAAAUGUAAAAUCUGCUAUAAAAAAGCAUGGUUUGCACGAAUUCCAUAUCCCUGUUGUCAUUUUAAUGAUUGCAUGAUUUCGUUUCCUGACCCAAUAUGCGUUGCGCUUAAUUUAGCUUGUAACGCAUUGCGCGGAAUUGCUUAUUUGGCUCUAGAAAUAGCGCAAGGCGUGUUAAGACUGGCAAUGAUUGCUCUUGAUGCGGCCAAACGUGCUGUUAGUAGUGCUCAGUUCUUAGUGGAUAAAUCAAGAACACUGCUAGAUAUUGCCGAAGAUGCUUUGAGUUUAGCGCAAGUCGGAUUAGAAGGUGCAAAAGUCGUUUUGGAGGGCGAAAAGGUUGCAUUAAAAGCAGUCAAACAAGUAGUAAAAUACGGUGUUAUGGCGUUAAAUAAUAUACUUCAGCAUGGUAUUCAGAACAUAUUCGAUGUACGUAACUGUGGAUUUGAAAUUGAACUUUCAACAAAGGAUUUACAUAUCUUUGACGUUCAUUGUAACAUAAACGCGUUUGCAAGUGGAUUUAAAACCGUGCGCAUUCGAAUUAAUUUCAAAGACAUACAACUAAGUAUGUGGAACGCCGCAAAGGCUACAAUUGAAUCCAUCCUUCAAUCUUUUGGAAACAUUUUCAGUCGGAGAAAACGACGGGAGAUAGAAGGUAAAACACUGGCAAGCCUGUAUAGAGUAUUAAGAAGUGCGGAAAAUUCAAACAUCAAUGAGACAGAUUUUGAAGCGACAGCUAAUCAAACACUUGACACUGUGUUUCUGACAUCAGGUUUUAGAAACAAUACGAGUGAUGACAACUAUUAUUUCCGAAAACAGAUCUUUACAGAGAAAUGCAAAACUUUUGACAGCCUGUUUUCCUUUUUGAAUGAUUCUGCAAAUCUGCUCAAAGAACUCGUAAAUGCAACGGCAAAUGUUGUCCUAAAUUCAACAGGGCUACAAGACGAAAUAGAAGAUUACAAUCUAGAUGACAUUAAGAAGAACAUAACCGCUGAAAAUCUUAAUAUUAGUUUAUCAGUGGCCAACGAAGAAUUCAGUAUUACAGAACCCAUGCUACAUGACAUCAUUGCACAAACAAAAGAAAACAUGUCAACGGAUCCUUUUCUGACAAAUCUAACAGAGUUCACUGCCGAUGCAAAGUCCAUUCUUUAUAACCAAACGAAAGAUUCAAACGAUAUCAUUAUAGUGACGCACUGGAUUACAGUAAUGAAUAACAACACGAACGAAUAUUUCGAUUUGGAUGAAUCAUGUGUAGAUUUUCUUGACUGCUUUCAUUUUUCGAUCGCAGGCCUGUAUGAGAUGUUUAUUGCGAGUGACAUAAGAAACCAAACCGAAAGUUUGGAAUCUAUAUCGCAAUUGGAAAACAACUUCCUUCAGCUAGUUGGUAACUCUGCGGUUACAAUUGAACGUGUUAACCAUCUUAUCGAAAGUAUCGUUAUGAAUCUGGAAAAUAUCUUUGAAUUGAAUGCAUUCUGUUCAAAGGCCCCAGAAGUUUUGGCACCACUUCGAAAUCACACACUUGAAAUAGGGCAGAAUCAUUCGCUUGCUUGCAAUGUCACUGGAGAACCUUUUCCGACAAUUUGGUGGUUUAAAGACGAUAAACCACUACAUGAAGAAACGAAUACAAUACUUGAAAUCACCAAUGCUACAAUGGCUGAUAUGGCUAUGUACCACUGCAUUGCUGGCAAUCUUGUUGCCAAUCUCACCUUCGAACGGGUUUAUAUAACCGUUAAAGAAACCACAGAACGAAAAACAACUGAAAGCACAAAUCCGUAUGAGGUCGAAGAUGAUACUUCAGGUGUUUGGGUAGCUGCAAUUGUUGGUUCCUUGGCGGGAGUCUCCAUCAUCGUUCUCAUUGUGUUAUUGAUAAUAAGACAUCUAAGGUAAUCAACAUACAACAAACAAAGCACAUGUGCAAAACUCUGACAGAAUGGAACUCGCACGACCAUCCCCUUUAGCGUUCGAGAACGUUAUAUACGAAGACUGUUAGAUACUCUCAAAUUGUUUCCACAUACAAACAGUCGACACUUCAUACGAAUCCACAUACUAGCAGACGACCAUCCGAGAAAGCAAUCGGAAUCCACAUACUAUCAGACGCUAUCAGACGACCAUCCGAGAAAGCAAUCGAUAAACUGCAUAUGAAUCCCAUUCCAGCAUGAACAAUGUAACGACAUGUGUCCGUCCAAACAGAACACAGACAGCAAUAUUAAUUAAAUCACUUGGGCUGUUUCCAUCAAAACGUUAUGUCUCUAUUCAAAUAUGUUAGUCAUAAAAUCGACUGAAACAAUGCAUUUACAGAGUUGCUCUCACAUUUUGCAAUUAGGCUAAAGCCGUCAUUGGACUUUAAAAGGGCCUGAUACAGCAUAGCAAUACAAAGAAGGAUUAUUAAAAAGAGAACUUGGUAAUACAGUGGACUGAGUGUAUAGCUCAUAUAGUCUGUACUUCGUUCAAUCCAUUUUACAGUUAGAGCAAUGAACUCUUGUACGUUAUGAUAUAUGUUGUUUCAAUGAAAGUUUGCUUUUUAGUGAAUGUCUUUUCAUAUGUGAGAUUUUAAAACUGGCCCUUUUAUUGCCAUCACCAUAUGUUCAAUUCUUCACAUAAAUUAGUAUUUUAUUUACUGGUAACGAUUUUUGGUGCAUUUGUGUCUGUGUUUUUCUGUGUUGUUUGAUCUUUGUGUGUCUUUCGUUCAGUAACUGUCUGUAUUACGUGCAGUUUGUGUGUCUCUUGUUAAGUGUUUGUUACGGGUAUGAAGCUUUUUUAUAUUUGUACGCGGACAAUGCCCAUUCGGCGAGUGCUUCGACAAGAUUGUAAGUCAUCUUAAGUUUCGGAAGCAUAGUGCACAUAUAGAAUGCAACCCCGGUUAGGGCUACCCUGAUUUCUUAAAGUGCACCAGUGUAAAGCACUGUCACACGGGAACCCCAUUUAGCGUCCCUCCAAGAAGACGAUCAAUAGUUUUAUACUGCUGCGGCGGGGAAUCGAACAUGCGACUCCUGGAUUGACAGUCAAGUGUGUUAGUACUAGAGACAGUAUCCGCCACAACGUAUGUUACGGUCAAGUUUCGGGCCUUUUAACAGUGUGUUUGUUAAUGUCUUGGCUACUGGGCUUGUACCUUUUGUUUACAUUUUAGUAUAAGCGAUUAUUAUUGCG